AUGUUUGACUCAUUAAAGGUUGAAGGGACGUUAAUAGAUAAGGAGAAUACUAUUCGGGCAGCUAUGGCUCAAGAGUUCGAUCUUCAUACGAUUGAGUAUUAUAACUCAGACCCAGAUACGCGACAACUACUGCCACCUAAGGAUGAAACGAGGACUGAGCUUGAUCAUUGGGUAGUAAAGCUCAUUAACAAGGAUAUCCCGGAAAAGGAUAUUGAGACAGUCCACGUCGCCCUCAAUCCUGUUCCAGAGCUACGCCCCAGUGCACUUGAGCUUCUGGAAUAUGGCUAUAUCUAA